AUCGCGCUUGAAAGUAAGCACGCGCGGCGGAUCGCGUCGCCAUUGGCGGCUUCCGCGCCCCGCUCCCUUUGGGACACGCCCCCUUCCCUGGCCCAGCCAAUGGCUGGCGCGGCGGGACAGUUUGAACGGCGGGGGCGGCGCGAGGGCUGUCGGUUGGCGCGCGGCGGGCCGGGCUGGUCGCAGCUUCUGUCAUGGCGCUCGCUUCGCUGCCGCCCCUGGAAGCGCUGAAAUACGCCGAGCUCCAGCGCAUCGCCAAGGCUGCGGGGCUGAGGGCCAACCUUCGGGCAGACAAAUUGAUGGAAUCAUUGAAGCAACACUUUGAAGGGACAAAAGAAGACAGGGAAAAUAUGGGUCCUGUAAAGAGUGCAUCUGCUUCCAUUAAAUUGGAUCAACUGAGCAAUCAGGAGGAAAUUAUGUCUGAUUCACUGUGUUUUAUUACAAAAAGAUGUGGUAAAGAUAAGAAAAUCAGAAAAAAGAGGAACUCCUGUGAGGAAAGGAAUACCAGUGAAGAAAAUCCAGUGCUUUCUGAUGAGAAACAGGUGGAUUCUGAUAUGAAAGAAAAUGAAAUGCCUCAGGGUGAGCACAAAAAGGGACAGAAGGUAUUACAAAACAAAAACCAAGUAACUGAAGAGAGGGCUAUUGAGAAUCCAGGGAUGGGUACUGGACAGAAGAAACAAGCGGAGAAGACUUCUACUGAAGGCAGGGGAGAACAACGUAAUGCUCAUCCUGCAGGAGGGAAGAUCCCUUUACGUGCAGGCCGUGCAUCUAGGCCUGCAAAAAUGGGAAUGACAGCUACUACACCAAACUUUAAGAAGAUGCAUGAGGCUCAGUUCAAGAAAAUGGAAUCUAUUGCUGACUACAUUGAGAGGAAAAAAAGACUGAAUGAGAAUUGCAGCGCAGUCAAGGUGCUGACCAGAAAAUCAAAUCCGUUAAGAGCAUCAGAAAAAGAUACUCCACAUUCUAAGAAACAAGCCAGCGGCAAAAGGUUUUUAUUCAGCCCAAAUCCAGAAAGAGGCAGAUUCUCCAACACUGCCACUCCUAGUAACCUCCGACGCUCACCACGCAGUUCUCUGAACGCUGCUAAUCGGAGUGUUUUAACCCAGAAGUCUUCAUUUCACCCUUCUGUACUUUCAACAUCCAAAAUGAAUGUCAGGUUCUCAGAUGCCACAAAAGAUAAUGAGCAUAAACGCUCCCUUACCAAGACUCCAUCUAGAAUGUCUCCAUACAUGGAGAUCUGCACACCUGACACUCAAAAGGGCUGCAAACUAAGAAGUCAGAAGAAGAGUAAGGGAAAUGCAAGAAAUAAUGAUCUGACUGCAUCAAAGGGUAAAGUGGAUGUUCUUACCCCCUUCAAAUUUGGAGCUCAAUCUGCAGAACCCACAAGUGGAAAGAAGACAUUUGAUCUCAAAGCAAGUCUCUCUCGGCCCCUUCGGUAUCAGCCACACAAAGGACGACUGAAACCAUGGGGAGAAUUUAAAGAAAAUGCUGUUCGCAAUAUAUGUUCACAUAAGAAAAAUUACAAACAGCCACAUCUCCAGACAAGGGAAGAAAGGCGUGAGUCACUUGAGCAAGACAGAAAGAAGAAAAGGGCUCGUGCUCUUGGAAAAUGUAGAGGUCUAUCUGUGUGUUAGGACAAAUAAGACAUAUCAAGACAUCACUGUAAAUACUGUUCCUGUUUUGUAAAGGCUUGUGUUUGUGUAUGGUUCAGGUUGCUUUUAGCUAGUGGAAGCUAGAGAGUAAUUAAUGAGACCUUGCAAUGUGUUCUGAGCAUAAUGUUUCUGUGAACAACUUCUCCACUGAGAUGAGAGGUCUAAACUUUCAGGGCCUUAAAACUCUCUUGUUGCUUCAUAAUGUUUUCAUUUAACUAAUUUACUUGACUAAGAGAUGUUAAAGGAGAAAAUGUUAAGUGGAAAAAGAUGCUCAAGAAGCCUCCUUACAACUUUGGAUAGACUUGUCCAUCAGAAUGCACCUGUUGUGUGCAAGAAUGCAGGCUUUAGAUAGCAAGCUUCAAAAUGUUCCACAAUGUUCAAAAUGACAAGAGUUGGAAGUACUUGCUUGCCCUGUUCUCCAGAUCAAUCCUUAUAUUGUUACAGCAGUUAUUCAGCAUUUCUAAUUGCAUGCUUAUGAAACAGUAGGGAAUAUCAAAGAGAAGAAAAAACAUGCAAGCUCUCUGGCAAACUAAUGCAUAUCAUAAUUGUAACUACCUUUUUGAAAAAAGUCAACUGAAUUUACAAAUUACCACCUGAAUGCUCCUAACAGUUAAGGCUUUGUUCCUUUCUAUAGUAAACAGAUGUUAAAAUUCUCUUGCUUUUCAUCUCCAAGAUGCUUAAAAUAGGUUAUAAUUGUGUUGAGGUACAUUCAAUACCUUGGUUUUAAAAGCAGUUAUUUCUUCAUUUAAAAAUACAUAGAAAAGCUGUCAGGGUGAGAAGUAAAAGGUAGUUUAGCAGUUGUACUUGCUCAACAGCUGUGAUUACAUGUUUCACUGAAUUUAGUGUUGCAUCAGAUAUAUGUUGCAAUGUCAAGAAAAAGCAAUUUUUAAAAAUAAAUUUAAUGUGGGAAAUAAAUAUUUUGUAUAUGUCCUGGCUCUAUCAUUUAGUAUACUAUGUAUAACUCCUUUCUUACUGUGGCAGUGUUUUUUGUUCACACUUGUAUUUACUGUGUGUUUUCCUCACCACUCACCUGCCUCCCACUCCAUGAAAGCUGUCUGCUUUGGUAUCUUUAGAAUCAACAGCCCUCAUCCUCCUUCUACAAUGAAGAUGUUUACUGUUGUUUUCCUUUUGCACACAAUUAGAUCCUGCUUCAGCUUGCUUCAUUGUGCUCUCUUACCUAUAAAAUACAGGUACACUUAAUAUUUCU